AAAUAUUUUUACUCUCAUCAUUCCAGUUAUUAUCAUACCAAUCAGGUUAAAAACUUUCCAUCCAUUUUGUAGCUAGUAACUGUUUAACCAGAGUAAAAUUGAUUAUAUGAGGAAAAACUAGAGUUAUGCUGGAAAUGACACUUUUUUUUUUAAUAUUAUUUUAUUCCACUAAUGUUCCUCUCAAUUCUUUCAUAUUAAUUACUUCCAAUUACUCUUGUUGUUACCAAUCACACUUAUUAUAUCUAAUUUUAUAAGGAAAACAAAUCUUUACUAGUAUAAUAUAAUUCGCUAUCAAUUAUGGACUUUGACCAGAUUUUUCUCUAUUAUAGUCUAUUCAAAGAGCUAAGAGCAUGAUUAAUGUUCUAACUUCUAAGAUCCUUGGAUGUUAAGAAAACAUAUACUCCCUCCGUUCGAUUAUACUUGACGUUUUUCAAUUUUCACACAGUUUAAAAAGCUCUGCAUAAUACCUUUUAUAACCUUUAUUUAAUGAUACGUAUGAUUGUUGUUAGUCAAGUGUUGUUAUUGAUCAUUAUUUAAUGAAAGGACAAUAUAAGUCAUUUUAAACUAAAAGCUACCUAGAUAACUACAAACGUCAUUUAUUUAGGUAAAAGAAAAAAUUCUAAAACGUCAUCUAAAGAAAAACAGAGGGAGUAUAGAACUUUAAUUUUUAGCUGUGCAUUUUUUUUGUUUCAUUCGCUAUAGAAUAAACAAAAGGUCAUUGGAAAGAUACGUAUUUUAUUUAGUUUUUUUUUUAACUUGAACUAAACCCAAGAAUUGAAAAGAUAUUUACUAGAUUUAAUCGAGGAAAUCCAUUGUAUAAAAAUCCAUGAUUACAACACAAGACAUGUAUAAAAAAGUCCACACAUCAAAAUUUGAUAUGAGAACCAAAACAAUUCUCGAAAGCUAUUUUUAUUGGUAAAAUGUUAAGUUACAAUUCUCAGCUAACAAUCAGACUUGAAAGUUUCAGUCUUGUUAGGUCGUAUCAAGUAGUUGGACCGACUUAAUAGACAUUUGGAGUACAAUUAACUAUACAACGCGAUGUAAACUUUUAAAUAUAUAGUCUUUGUUCAUUAUAAAAAGAGAGACUUACAUAAAAAGACACAUUGUGAGUUUUGUUUACUCUAUAAGACACAAAGCAACUUUGACACACUUUUUUCUGCCAGCUGUCUUUAUUGAGACGGAAAUAACCUUGGUUAUUACUAAAGAGAAAUAUACUUAUUUUAAGGAAGCAAACCGAAAAAGAACCAGUUACCUUGUAAUUGCAAUAAAGGAUAAAGCAAUAAAACAAAAAAUUAGAUAUAUGAGUUUAUGAGAAUAUAUCGUGAACGUCAGAUCAUUUUGAAGAAAGCAAAUCCAACGAUCCGGAGAUGUGUUGAUUUGUGGGCGAGUUUUUGUGGACGAAUUCUCAUGGACAAGGUUUCUCGUAGACAAUUUGUGGACACCAUAUAUGUGGACAAACAAAUUGGUAGACAAGAGAAGCGUUGAUAACAUGAUUUUAUCGAAUGUUAUAGAAAAUAAUUGCCUUCUUUGUCUGUCUAAGAAAAAAUGAGAAUUGUUUAUUAACUUCUUGUAUACUCGAUUUAGAUAUUUAUAAAUUGAAUAAAGAAGAAAUUUUUUUGUGAAUCAAUGAAUUAUGGAUCUAAUUCGUCAUUUAGUAAAAUUUCUCUAUAAAAUCAUUCAUCAUUCAUCAUUAUCAUGAAACAACGAUUAAGCUUUUCUGUGGACACAAUUCAGUGGUCGAACACACUUCUGUGGACACAGUUUAUGUGGAUGUGAAAAUGUUACAAAAUUUUCUGUGGACACCGUAUCUACCACCACCUUUUCCACCUCAUGUCUUCCACCUCAUAUUCACAUCCACCACCACAACAUCCACCAACACGGCAUCCACCACCACUUCCUCCUCCUCGCAUCUUCCACCUUUGUAUCCACAUCCACCACAACAGCAUCCACAGCCACGACAUCCACCACCACAUCCUCCUCCUCACGUCUUCCACCUCCGUAUCAACAUCCACCACCAUAGCAUCCACCAUCACGGCAUCCAUAAUCACCACCAGCUCUUCAUCCUCACGUCUUCCACCUCUGUAUCCACAUCCACCACAACGGCAUCCACCACCACCUCCUCCUCUCGAGUAGCCACCUCCACCACUGUUUUUACCCUCAUGAACCAAGAUAAAAAAUCAGACAAGAAAUUAACUUUCCAUAUAUGAAUCUGUUAGAUAUAUCUAUGAAAUUAGGAACAUAGAGUUAUGAUUGAGAAUGGAUUGGAGUUUCUGAAUUCAUGGUGUGACUCACCAAUGGUCGAGUAUGAAGAGUUGGCGGAACAGUUUCAGAUCGAAUAAAAGCUAGAAGUGGAGACAUAAAGCUUCAACAAAGUGAUGGAGAUGUCGAAUUUGAGAAAGUGGAUUAGGGUUCGGAUCGAUCUGUAGUUUUAGUAGAAGUUGGUAAAGAGCCAAAAUUAGGGUUCAUAUCUGGGGGUAAUCGAUUUUGAAAAGGGGAUCUGUCUUAUAAAAGUGAAAAAGAUUUUAUUAUAUUUCGAAAUUUUUUUUUUCCUCACUAGUUUCUAAUCGUUAUAAUGAAAAUGAGAAAAUCGGUUGGUUCAGUUUCUUGGUUUACGAUCUAGUUAGACACUUAUCCAAUAGUUAUUCUUUACAUAGAUAAGGGGUAGUUAUGACAAUUUACUAAGAGAAAGUGUCUACUUGGGCCAAAGUGUCUAUGAGAGUAAUUCAUAACUUGGAAUGUGUCUCUGAGAGUAAAUUUCUCUUAUAAAAAGAAAAGAUAAAGUUACUUUUACGUAACGCAACAGAAGUUAGCGGUUGGUCGAUUCACAGAUAUGGUGUGAAUUUAAUGUCUUGCAUAUCUCCCUCCCUAUCUCUCUUCCACAAUUAUAUACUAUAUGAAUUAUUUAUGCUUACGUAUAUGUUAUUUUCCUACCUUAAACAUUCAUCCAUGACCAAUGUAAAUUCUCUGAAGUCUGAAUAAUUGUAACCUUUUAAAAAACAACUUGAUUAAUUCCACAUUGUGUAUAGUUGACAUAAUCCUACCAUAUGCAAAUAAACUUGUCUUGCAAGUGAAGUGAAAAGCAACUGUUUGAUGAGUAGCAGCUAAGAAUGUGAAGAUGUUCUUCACAAAAAAAGCCGUCAAUGAUAUUGCAAUGAUCUACAACCAGUUCUCAUUCCAGUUUUCAGUUUAUUCCGUGAAACUAAUCCGUUCUCGACUGAAACAGCUUCCUGAAAAUGAAUACCUUCAGACUUCUGCUAAACAAAUAAACAGAAUGAUCUGCCAUGGAAAAGAUGUUCCACACACCAUUCAUAUCCUUGAUGGGCUUGAUAAGAAAUGAGCAGCAAAAUUCAGAUAAUAUAGUACUGCAAUACAAUAUCAGAAAAAUCAAGAACCAGUAAAACAAGGGAGAAAGAGCCAAAACUGUAAGGGAUUUUUUUUGUAUUUGACCUAGUUUGUAUUCUAUUAUAGAGCUCAUAUUAUUUCUUCAACACAUAGCUGGAAUAGAAGAGGUUGAGAAAUGUAGACCUCAUCAAUCACACCAAAUUAGACAAAGUGAAAAUUCUCAAACAUCUUUUUUUUUUGAAUUAUACAGAGGUAUCCUGGCCCCACAGAAGUGAUUCAGAUUAGUCACGUGUUGCCACGUGUCGGUCCUCUGUCUCUGGCGAUGCCGAAAUGUUAAUUCCCCAGUGACCGGGAUUCGAACCCAGGUGGCGGUACUAACAACUGUAAACCGUUUACCACUAGAGCUAGAAGCCCCGGUUUUAAAUUUCUCAAACAUCAAGAGAACAAACAAUGCAAAUGAAUUAUAUUUAAGAGUCUGAUCAUCAUCUGGCUUCUCAAAUUUAUGUACUCCAGAAAAAUCUAUCAAAAUCCGAGGAAGCUCCAUAAGUUAUAUUUUCAACAUAGUAAGUUAGUACUUAGUUGAUGAGUGAUCAAAUUUGUCUUCCUGCUUAGAAUGCAAGUAAAGAUUCAAGAACUAAUAAACUAGACCAAAGCAACCACACCUAACAUAAGCAAAAGCAGGUCGGGUACCCAAGCUGGAGAAGCCCAUCUUGCGAUCUUUUAUUUUAAUGACAAAUAUUUCAGCCUAGAUUGCUAAGGUCUCUGAAGCUGCAAAAAUAUAUUUUACUACAAUUUUUAUAAUCUGGAGUAUGUGGUGUACCAAGAUCUAGCCGACUAAUUUUACUGGACUAAUUUUACUGGCGCUAGAUAGAUUUGGUUGCUCACAAUGAGAUUUAGAUAUCCAUGUCACAUAGCCAUACAAACAUGUAAAUCUAAGAUUUCAAACUCUAAAUGUUUACCAAUUUUCAAAUCCGCCAUACCACUCGUGAUUUUUUAAAUAUUUUAUUACAUUUUUAAUCAGUUAAAACCGUUUAUUUCUAUUAGUUUGCAGCUUUGUAAAUUUAAAACUCGCUCGAAACCAGUUUAUAAGCAAUGUUGCAUAGAACUGUAUGUAUAUAGUAAAUUUGUCACAUAUAUUUCAAGUAUAAAAUAAUGUUAAUAGAAAAAAGUUAAUUGUAAACAAGUUAAUAAUGUUAGACAAGUUAAUUAAACAAGUUAAUUCUGGAACCAAUCAGAAAUCUUCCACUUUUUUUUUUAAGAAACAGUUAGCAUUAUUUAAGAUUUUCAUCUUCAUAAGGAAAAUAAUCAAUAAUGUAUUUGAAUAAUUUUGGUUGUAGCCGGAGAUUAAAGAAAUAUCAUUUGUUUGAAUAAUGUGGUUGUAGCCAAAAAUUUAGCAAAAAGUCCAAUGACCAAGGCGUCAAGUAUUUUUGCAGAUUUGUAACGUUUGAGCCAACGGUUAAGAUCGAAUCUAUUGCGUAGAUCUUCCCGUGUAAAAACGGCGCGUUAGUCGAUUUCCCACACCUAACAGUUUGAUUCAACGGUUAAGAUCAGAUCAAUGGUAUAACGGCGUGUAAGAUCGACGGUUGCUAUUCAAUUUUCCUUUUUUGAUUUUUCGGCAAAUGAUUCAACGGUUCAGAUCGAACUAAUGACAAAUCCUCUGAGUAAGAUCGACGGCCGUUAUUCAAUUUCCUCUUUUUGAUGUUCCCGUAAUUUCCUUUUUUUUUGAACUAGUAGUGUAUAGUAUAUAGUUUCCUUUUCAUUAAUAUCAUAUCCGCUAUUUAAACAACUCCAAAAGUUUCCUUUCUCUCUCAACGAAUCAAAGAUUCACUCUCUAAUUAGGGUUUUGUUUGCAGCGAAGUAAAGUACGAUGGGGUCAAUGGAGUUUGUGAAACCCUUAGGCAAAGGUUCGUAUGGUUCAGUCAAUCUCAUCAAGCUCACUAAACCAGACGGCUCGAAGCCACACUACCACGCCGUGAAAAGCUCGUUCGCGCAUGACUUCGACUCUCUAUACAACGAGUUUCAGAUUCUAUCUAAGCUCAGAGAUUGUCCCGGGAUCGUGCGAACCUUUGGUACAUCUCUGUCGAGAGGAGUCAGUGAUCAAGGAAUAAGAGUUUACGGCAUGUCGAUGGAGUACGCAGCUGGUGGAAGUUUAACUUCUUUGAUUGAAAAAAGGUUGUUGACGGACACGAUGAUCAGAGACUUCACUCGUAUGAUUCUUGAAGGACUCGUAUCUGUUCAUGCUAACGGAUACGUCCACUGCGAUCUCAAACCGGACAAUAUUCUUGUGUUUCCACGUGAUGAUGUUGGUGUAACGAAAGAAGUUUCGUAUGAGUUGAAGCUUUCUGAUUUUGGGAUGUCGACAGAAGCUGGAGAGGGGUCGGUGUUUUGGGAGUUUGAUUCUCCCUACUUGGGAACGCCUCUUUACAUGUCUCCUGAGUCUGUUCACUACGGCGUCGCGGAGAAGUCGUUAGACUUGUGGUCGUUAGGUUGCGUUGUGUUGGAGAUGUACACUGGAAAGUCUCCGUGGCAUUUGCAAGAUUCUGAGGAGAUUUUGCGUCAUCUGUUGGAUGGGAAGGCGCCAGAGAUUCCAGAGUCUGUUCCUUGGGAGGCAAGGCUGUUUCUACAAACGUGUUUUGCAAGAAAUCCUGUGGAGAGAGGAAGCGCGUUGGGCUUGUUGAAGCAUCCGUUUCUUCUUUCUGAUGAGAAGAGAGUGAUGGUUACCGGCGCCGGAGGUAGAAGAAUGUCGGUGGCGGUGGUACUGAAGUCUAAGGAUAGUGUGAAGAAGCCACUAAGAUUGAAGAUUAUUCCACCAAAGCCGCCACAGUUUAAGAAAGUUGAGAAUAGACCCUUGAGGUUGAAGAUUAUACCUCCCAAACCACCAGGAUGCAAUCUCGUUUCUGUUCAGUAGAGUGUGUCAGUGUAUACUGUCGUCUUUGUAGUUGGUGUAGAUCAAGUUAACACACAGUUGUGAAAAUUGCACAGAGGAAACAUCAAGGAGAAGCCAAGACCAGUGAGACCGAGUUUGGUUCUUCUGUUAGCAUUGCCACUUGGGAGAACCAUCUCGUUAGUCGUUACUUUUGUUAUUUUUCAGUUCUCCUAUUUAAAUAUGAUGUCUCUGCUUUGUUUAUAUUUGGUUCUAUAGAACCUAACUUUGUAACAACACUUGGAGAAUUUAUGUUAAUGAGUUUUCUAUUUCUGUUCUCUUUUCAUUGUCAAACAAGAUCUCAAAAGUCUAAAGUGUUUCCAUGUGUACAAAGCUUGAUUAAAGAAGCAGCUGUUUUAUGAAUAGCCAAGGAUGUGUGGAUGUUCUUCCUAGAAACAGAGUUCCAUGAUGUUGCAGUGAUCCACAACCUCUUCUCCUUCCCGUUUCAGUUUCUUCCCUGAAACUUACUCCAUUUUCGACUGCAACAGCUUCCUGGAAAAUGAAUAUUAUCAGACAAAUGUUUAACAAAUGAACCAAAACUUGUCUAAUCAUCAUAUUUUUAUUGUCCAAUCAUUAUAUUUUUAUUUGUUUACCACAUCUGAAAUUGUAGAAACAGACUCUGCUUACACACAAAAGCAGUGGUUAAAAAUAUCUAUACUAUUAUUUGCAAAGUAAAUUUUUGGAAUCGAGCUCUCACGUUGAAAGUUAGAGCGGUUAAUAUCUUUACUACCCUUAAUGAAUAAAAUAUAUAAAUAAAUUAAAAAAUAAAAACGAAAUUUUAAUUGAUUUGGUUAGAUAAUUGAUUAAUAUUACUAAUAGUAAGAAUUAUCCAAAAUCUG